AUGAGCGGCCCAGACGACGGCAUUCCUCUGGCCACGGUCAAGAGCCAUGCCUCGACCGGCGCACGCCGACCGGACAUGGCCCUCACCUCGAGCAUCGACUCGGCGCAGUUUGAAAAGGACAAGCAGAACGAACACUCGCACAACCCUUUCCAGCGUCACAGGGGCCGUCGCCAAAAGAAGGACGACACCAUUGGCCGAAGCAACACGGGUGACACCGUCCACGGCACCGGCCCCAAGCUGAACUUUAUGGGUCGACUGUACAACAAGAUUAUUGGAUUCUCCGUGGUCAACCGCUAUCUCGUCUACAUCAUCCCCGUUGGCAUCAUACUCGCUAUACCCAUCAUCGUCCUCGCCGUCACCGGUCAUCAAAACGAUAUCCCCGUGGGCAACACCGGCCGGGGUGACGAUCUCACAAUCGGGCCUCCCCUCUUCCGACUUCUGCUUUGGAUUGAGAUCACCUGGCUCACUGUCUGGGCCGCCAAGCUCGUCGCCUGGUUCAUUCCCAAGCUCUUCAUGUUCUUUUCCGGCAUCGUCAGCGCUGGCACACGCAAGUACGCCACGGUGCUCGAGAACCUGUCUCUUCCCCUCUCCCUGUUCUUCUGGGCGCUGGCGUCCUGGCUCACCUUCCGGAACCUCUUUGGCAAGUCAUACCACAUCGGCGUGAACUGGGUCAAGACCCUGGAGACGAUACAGAGCGCCCUCUUCGUCUCCUCGGCUGUCUUCCUCGGCGAGAAGUUCAUCGUCCAGAUGAUUGGUGUCACGUACCACCAACGCUCCUUUGCCAACCGCAUCAAGGACUCGAAGCGAGAGGUGCAUCUCCUUGGUCUCCUGUACGACGCCUCCCGUACGCUCUUCCCCAUGUACUGCCCCGAGUUCGCCGAGGAGGACCAUGUCAUCAACGACAGUAUCGAGUUGAAGUUUGGCGGUGGCAAGCACAGCCGAUCCAAGUCGGGUACCGUGACGCCCAUGAGACUGAUCGGCGAGGCUGGGCGCAUUGGUGGCAAGAUGACCUCGGCUUUUGGCAACAUUGCCUCUGAGAUCUCCGGCAAGCAAGUCUUCAACCCCAACUCGGCACACUCAAUCGUCCUCGAGGCUUUGGAGAAGCUGCGCUCCUCUGAGGCGUUGGCACGCCGCAUCUGGAUGUCUUUUGUUGUCGAGGGCAAGGAUUCGCUCUAUUUUGAAGAUAUCGCCGAGGUGCUGGGCCCUACCCACCGCGCCGAGGCUGAAGAGGCCUUUGCGGCCAUUGACGGCGACGGCAACGGUGACAUUAGUCUCGAUGAGAUGAUCCGCAAAGUCAUCGAGACUGGCAAGGAACGCAAGGCCAUUGCCGAGGGCAUGAAGGACAUUGGCCAAGCUCUCGGUGCUUUCGACAAGGUGCUUCUGUUCGUGGUGCUGCUCAUCGUCAUCUUCAUCUUCCUGGCCUUCUUCCAGAGCAGCUUCAUCACUGUCAUUGCCUCGGCUGGCACGACGCUGCUGUCACUCUCGUUCAUCUUCGCGGUCACUUGCCAGGAAUUCCUCGGUUCCUGCAUCUUCCUCUUCGUCAAGCACCCAUACGAUGUUGGCGACCGUGUUCGCAUCAUGGACAAGGAGCUCAUUGUCGAGCGUAUCUCCCUACUGUACUCGGUCUUCACCCGCACCGAGACCCAGCAAGUCUCACAGAUCCCCAACAUUGUUCUCAACACCUACUGGGUCGACAACAUCUCCCGCAGCAAGUCCAUGUACGAGAGCUUCACCGUUGACGUAUCAUUCGACACGAGGUUUGAGGACGUUGAGCUCCUUCGCCAGGAAAUGGAGAACUUUGUACGCGACCCUGAGAACUCCCGCGACUUCCAGCCAGACUUCACCAUUGGCAUCGGCAGUAUCGGCAACCUUGACAAGCUCACCCUCGAAAUCUCCAUCCUACACAAGUCCAACUGGCACAACGCCAUGGUCCGCGCCAGCCGCCGUUCGAAAUUCAUGUGUGCGCUGGCCCUUGCCAUGAAGAAGGUGCCCAUCAACGGCCCAGGUGGCGGCGGCGAUGCCCUCGGCGGCCCUGCCAACCCCGCAUACUCCGUGUCUGUGACGGACGACUGGGCCUCCAAGGCUCGCGACGACUGGGCCAAGUCCAAGGCGGAGGCCCGUCUCGUACCGCCCCCGUCCAACGCCGCCGAGGCCGAGGAGAAGGAGGAGGCCGCCAUCUCGGGCAUCGCAGAGCGCCCGCCCGUGCGCGAGAUGGCCGCCACCGGCCAGUGGGAUGACUCGAAGCUCGGCGGCAGUAUCGCUCGGGAAGCCUCCCAGCGCGACCGUGACAUCCACACGCUGCGCAACGACAUGCUGAAGAGGCACAGCACACGCGGCCGGCGCAAGGCUGGCGAGAGUAUCCCGUCGCUCGCGGGCAGCAACCAAGGUGUCUCCUCGCCCAUAUCGCCGUCGUACAGUCGCCGGGAGCUCUUUGACGAGGAGUCCCAGAUUGACACGCGCCGAUCGUUUGCCAGCCAAAGGUCACCACAGCGUGAGACGCACGUGCCGCAGCUGAACGUCCCUCAGCCGAGAGGGCCGCCUCCUGCAGGGCAGCACUAG